GGUCACACUGUUUUUCAGUCAAACUCAAAGUCAAUUGCAGUGUUGGUUUGAUGAAUUUAUUCACCAAAUUACAUACAAAAUAUAACAUUGCUAAACAAAAAAUGAUUGAUCCAUUUUGAUUGUUUUAAAUACAAAAGCAACUCACAUCGACGUUUUGUUAUAAAUCUAUAUUCAUAAUUAUGUAUUUGAUAAAGAGGAAAAAAUGUAAAAGUGAUAGCUUCUCCAUUCUAAUCUUAUCUCAUUGAUUAGAGGAUCAAUCUGUGUAUAACUUAUAAUUUUUGACCAAUAUCCUAUUAAUAGUAAUGAGUUAAAAAAUCUGUCCAUGCGAAAUGGGUACUUUGAUUUGUAACGGUGACGAUGAGACAUAUCCGCUACACGAGUGCGUUUUCGGCGGCGACGUACGAAAACUAUCUUCAUUAUUGAGAUUCAACGAUGUAACGCGAAAAGACAAACAUGGGAAUACAGCUCUGCACCUAGCUGUGAUGCUGGGUCGCAAGGAGUGCGUGCAGUUAUUGCUAGCCCAUGGCGCGCCAGUCAAGGUGAAAAACUUUGCUGGUUGGUCUCCUCUCGCCGAAGCUAUCAGCUAUGGCGAUCGACAGACCAUCUCUUCGCUGGUACGUAAGCUUAAACAGCAAGCACGAGAGCAAAUGGAAUGCAGGCGACCAGACCUCAUCAGAGCACUGUCCCAGAUACAAAACUUCUACAUGGAAUUAAAAUGGGACUUCCAUUCGUGGGUUCCUUUAGUUUCCAGAAUAUUGCCAUCAGAUGUUUGUAAGAUUUAUAAAUCAGGCUCUGGAAUCAGACUUGAUACUACUCUGGUUGAUUUCACAGAUAUGAAAUGGGAACGGGGAGACAUAUCUUUCAUUUUUCAGGGAGAAAAACCACCCAGCGAGUCUCUGACAGUAUUAGAUAACAAAGUCAAAGUGUACCAGCGGGUGCGCUAUGAGGAGACAGAGAAUGAGAUUGAAGAUGAAGUAGAUAUACUCAUGUCGAGUGAUAUUCUAGCCGCUCAGAUGUCCACCAAAGGCAUUUCCUUUUCAAGAGCUCAGUCUGGGUGGAUCUUUCGUGAGGAUCGCAAAGAGACAGUGGCUGGCUUAUAUAAAAGUGACAUUUACACAAUCACAGGACUCGUCUUAGAGUCCCGUAAGAGGAGAGAACAUUUGUCUACAGAUGAUUUGCAAAAAAAUAAGGCUAUAAUAGAAAGCUUGACUAAAGGUAAUACACAGAACUUGGAUACCAACGGAGAGCCGGUGAGACGAGCCUCCCUGAACCCCCCACCAGAUUGCGGUGUUGAUUGGGUGUCCUACAUAUCUUCUCCUUUGGGACAAUACCCUAGUCUGGGUAGAGAGCUUGUAUACAAAGAGUCUUCUAGAAACUUUCGAGCGACAAUUGCUAUGAGUGAUGACUUUCCACUAAGUGUGGAUAUGCUUUUGAAUGUGCUCGAGGUGAUCGCUCCCUUCAAACACUUUGCUAAACUACGUCAAUUUGUUGCCAUGAAAUUGCCCAAAGGAUUUCCCGUCAAAAUAGAUAUACCAAUUUUGCCAACUGUCACUGCAAAAAUAACAUUUCAAAAGUUUGAUUUUCGUGACGAUAUACCUGGAGAGCUUUUUGUUAUACCAGAAGAUUAUGUGGAAGACCCAUUACGUUUCCCCGAUUUAUGACGCUUUGAUAUUCUAACACUGUUUGAAAUUAGUGAAAGACCAAUUUGGCAGCGUGAAGUUAAGUGUGGUAGGGCACUAUGCAGCAUUAGUGAUAAGCACUACAGGUCUACACAUGGCCUUCUCACUAUUGAGAUUCCAAUGUUAUUCGGCCUGGGUAGUUCUUAUUCCAGCCAUUAUGUCCUUCUUGUUGAAUAGGAAAAUUUUAAUAGUUAUAAGUUUGUAAAUUUUGUGGUAGAAUGUUUUGAAGUUUAUGUUGAACAGUGUUAGAAUUUAGGAAAAAAUACCUUUGUUUUUAUUAGGCCAAGUAAAGAUUGUAAAAUACAUUAUUAUAACUUGACAUCACUGUGAAAUGAAUGUUUUGUUUUUUUUUUUUGUGUGGAUUAGAUUGAUUUUAUAUUACUUAAUAUGUUGUUUACUAUUUAUAUACUUAUAAGAUCUAUGAUUUUCUUUUUCUAUUGAUAUUUAAAGCAUUGAAUUCCUUGUAAUUGAAAUAAUUUAUAUUAAAAAGUUGCACUACAAUAUUUUAAAAUGGCCUGAAUUUUGGUUUGAAUAGAUUAUGGCCUACCCAUAUGACUUCUUAAUGUAAGUAGUAUGAUUUAUUAACAUUACAAUUAACAGUUACAUUCAAAGUUCCUCUUUGCAAAUUCCAUUGCUUGUUUCCUUUCAUUCAUGACAAUGUGUUAUCAUUAGAUACAGUGUAAUUUAUAUUAUAUAGGUAAAUGUAAUAUUAGUAGUGGAAGAAUAUUGUCAGUGUUAGAUUUACUUCACUGAGCCUCUUGGGUUAUGAUGUUGCCUGCCCAAUCAUUUCAAAGUCCUUGUGCCUUCAGAAUUUCUUAUUUGUAGAGGGGUGUUUUGGGGAAUGUUAACAAUUUUGCAAAUCUUUAGAAAAUUAUUUACCAAUGUUUAUUAUAACAUCAUAUCCCAUUCAGCACAUUAUGGCGACGUAGAAUUUGGAUCACAUACUAGUAAAUGUACCUGUGUACCUUAUAUAUCAAUUUUAAAUAUAUGAAUGUAUAAAAAAUGCAUCUUAGCUAUAUGACAAUAAUGUUUUAAUCCCACCAAAAGAUUUUAUUUCAUGUCAACUGUCUUAUUUUUAAGACUGGUACCUAUCAGCUAUAAAAUUCAAUGGUAUUAAGAAUUUUGAAAUGUUGCAUUAAAUUAAAAACUAUUUGUACUUGC